GCUUCUUUGUGUGACCAAAUUACUAUAUACAAGUGACAAGGUUGAAAACAGAUGUGGUCAUCAUUGUAGACGGACACAGAAGCUAUGACCAGCUGGAGGGGAGCCGUUUGAGCAGGCAGCAUGACGUGGGCGUAGGCGCGUUUGUCCUUUGUUUGUAGACGGCCGCUUUCGCCGCAUCCUUCUGGUGAUAGAACAGUGAAAACAACAGGACACAUUCCAUUCUUCAGUACCAUCCCAUCCAGACUCAUCAUGGAUUCAAGCAACGAGGAUCUGAUCGCUCAGUUCAGCGGUAUCACCGGAGCAUCGCCUGCAACUGCACAAACCGCUCUCGUUUCAUCCGACUGGAACCUCGAACAAGCCGUCACUCUCUACUUUGCAUCUCAGGACGCCCCCGCCGACGACAGCGACCAAGAUCUUGAAGAGCAGCCUGCGCCCUCCCUGCCUGCAGCCCCUGCCGCAACCACUUCCUCAUCAUCCGCCAAUCCUGCCCCUGCCACCAACCAGCCUAGAAUGCGUACCUUCCGCGAUCUCCAGAACGACGAUGGCGACGAUGACCACAGCGAUCACGACCCCCAGCAGGACUUUUUUGCUGGAGGCGAGAAGUCCGGUCUAGCUGUCCAGGACCCCAACAGACGUCCUCAGGACCACUUCCGCAACAUCAUGCAGCAGGCCAGAGAGAACCGCGCACGUCCCGAUGACGAUGACGAAGACGAGGCACCCGCCCAAUCCAGCGCCUUCUCAGGUCGCGCUCAAACCCUCGGCGGCGAUGACGCCCCUUCGCGCGUUAUCGAAGACCCCAAUGCCCGUCCCGCAUCCACAAACACUACAUCAGCGCCGCCUCGCGUGAGCCGUACGCUUCAUCUCUGGCAAGACGGCUUCAGCAUCGACGAUGGUGAACUGCACCGCUUCGAUGAUCCCCAAAACGCCAACGUCCUCGCUCUCAUCAACCAGGGUCGUGCUCCGCUUGCCCUCCUUGGCGUCCAGCCGGGCCAGGAAGUCGAUCUUCAGCUCGACCCUCACAAGGACGAGAAGUAUGUGAAGCCCAAGGCACAAUACAAGCCUUUCGGUGGCUCUGGCCAGCGUCUUGGCUCACCUACCCCUGCCCUGUCCGGCUCCACACCCGCACCUGCCGCUGCAGCCGCAUCAUCGUCCACGUCUUCAGCAGCGACCUCGUCGACACCCAAGGUCGACGUUGACGAGUCACAGCCCACUAUCCAACUCCAGAUCCGUCUGGGUGACGGCACCCGUCUGGUCUCACGUUUUAACACCACACACACUGUUGGCGAGGUUUAUGAAUUUAUCAUGGCCAGCAGCACCGCCAGCCAGAGCAGACCCUUUACCCUCAUGACCACAUUCCCUAGCAAGCCUCUAGACAACAAGACUGCCAAGCUCGAGGAUGUGCCUGAACUCAAGCGCGGCGGUAGCGUUGUGCAAAAAUGGGAUUAGACGUUUCCUUUCGAAUGGAAUCAUGUGGAAGGUCGCAGGCUGGGAAGCUACAAUGAACCUGUUGUUCUUGGAAGUGAUGCUGAGCAAUUAGCUGAGGAUGUUGCAGCAGUGAGAGGGUAUUACGAGAAGAUCCUUGUCAUUGGCUGGGAGUACACUAUAUGCCCGGAUGCCGAAACUUGAUCAGACUCGUCGUAGAGAGGAGGGGACACAUGAAGCUCAACUCGAGUUAGGCCAGAUGACAAAAUGACAAUCAUUUUAAUAUUUGAAGUUGGUGUUCCUUAGUUUAUAGUAUAUCCUCCGUCAGCCACUAGAGCAGCGCCCUGAACAAAGGAAGCUUUAGGUGAGCAGAGGAAGAGGAUACAGUCGGCUAUCUCUUGCGGUGUGCCAGCUCUGUUCAUGGGAGCGAUAGAGAUUGCUUUCCUGACCUCGUCGUUGAUGAGAGGAGUUUCAAUAA